AGGUCAGAGUUCAUCGUACGAUCCACGCGUGAUAUUUCUUGUCAAAUCGCGUGAAAUUUGUUAACAAAAUUGCGUGAUUUUAGUUAGUGUAAAGAUACACGAUAGUGAAGCUGCAUAGUUAUUUGGUCGUUGCAUUUAAGGAUUUAAUUUUUGCAAAUUAAUUUGCAAUAAACCAUGUCUGCUAAGGCAAUAUAUGAGGCUAAAGGAAAGCAACUGUUAAAUGAUACACUAGAGGGUGCUUCAAUAAAGAACAAGUUUGCUAUUGUAAGGGAAGAUGUGAAUUGGGGGCAGCUAGUGGAUGACAACCCAUGGCUACUUACUGAGAAAUUAGUUGUUAAACCGGAUCAGCUGAUCAAGAGAAGAGGAAAACUUGGUUUAAUCAAGGCCGGUACAGAUCUUGACGGUGUUAAAGAAUGGCUCAAACCCAAACUUGGAAAAGAAUUUACAAUUGGAAGAGCCGUUGGAAGACUCAAGAAUUUUAUCAUUGAGCCAUUUAUUGCCCAUGAACAGAAAGAAGAGUUUUAUGUAUGUAUAUAUUCCCAUCGUUUUGGUGACACAAUACUCUUCCAUCAUGAAGGUGGGGUCGAUAUUGGGGACGUGGAUGCCAAGGCGGUCAAGAUGGAGGUAAAAGUGGGUGAGGAGUUAAACGUGGCCGACUUAGAAUCUAAACUUCUUGCCAACGCCCCAGCAGAAGCAAAACAAAUAUUGACUACUUUUAUCACAAGCCUGUAUAAAGUCUACAAGGAUCUUUUUUUCACAUACAUGGAGAUAAACCCACUAGUGGUGACAGGUGGCAAUGUUUAUGUGCUGGAUCUGGCAGCUAAGAUUGACCAAUGUGCAGAAUAUCUUUGUAAAGCACAGUGGGGAGAUAUUGAGUUCCCUCCUCCAUUUGGUAGAGAUGCUCUCCCAGAGGAAGCAUAUAUAGCAGAAUUAGAUGCGAAAAGUGGGGCGUCUCUAAAGUUAACAAUUCUGAACAAAGCAGGAAGAAUAUGGACAAUGGUGGCAGGAGGCGGAGCUUCAGUAAUUUAUGCAGAUACAAUAUGUGACCUGGACGGAGCCAAUGAACUAGCAAACUAUGGGGAAUAUUCAGGAGCUCCCAGUGAACAGCAGACAUACGAAUAUGCUAAAACUUUACUGUCCCUGAUGACCCAGGAGAAACACCCAAAUGGGAAGAUUUUGAUUAUUGGGGGAGGUAUUGCAAACUUCACAAAUGUUGCUGCAACAUUUAAGGGUAUUGUGAGAGCAUUACGAGAAUUCCAGCAGAAAUUAAUAGAAGGCAAUGUUGUUAUAUAUGUAAGAAGAGCGGGGCCUAACUACCAGGAAGGUCUUAGGAUUAUGAGAGAACUUGGUGACACACUAGGUGUACCUAUUCAUGUGUUUGGACCCGAGACCCACAUGACAGCUAUAGUCAGUAUGGCGCUGGGCAAGAGAGAUAUACCCACUGAUCCAAAACCCAUGCCAACCACUGCCAACUUCCUUCUGCCAACAGCUACUGGAGGGCCCUCACCUGUCCCAAGUAGGCGUGAAUCCUCAGCCGAUCUCACUAAACAGUCCAGCUCAGUCCCUCCUCCUGAUAUAGUGGCCCUCAGUGAGAGCAUGAGCUCGAGACCUCUGUUUACUAGGGGAACUAAAGCAAUCAUUUGGGGCAUGCAGCAGAGAGCUGUGCAAGGAAUGAUGGAUUUUGACUAUGUUUGUUCACGUAAAGAGCCGUCUGUGGUCGCCAUGAUUUAUCCAUUCACAGGUGACCAUAAACAGAAAUUUUACUGGGGUCACAAAGAGGUGCUGGUACCAGUUUAUAAAAACAUGGCCGACUGUAUGAAGAAACAUCCCCAGGCUGAUGUACUUGUAAGCUUCGCCUCGUUAAGAUCAGCUUACGAGAGUACAGCUGAAACAUUAACAUUCCCACAGAUUAGGACCAUAGCAAUUAUAGCAGAAGGCAUCCCAGAGAAUCUCACUAGAAAGUUGAUAAAAACUGCCAAUGAGAAAGGUGUCAGCAUUAUAGGACCAGCUACAGUAGGUGGUGUUAAACCUGGCUGUUUUAAGAUAGGUAACACUGGUGGUAUGUUAGACAACAUUCUCUCCUCCAAACUGUACCGUCCUGGUAGUGUAGCCUAUGUAUCAAGAUCAGGGGGUAUGUCUAAUGAACUCAACAAUAUUAUAGCCCUCAAUACAGAUGGUGUCUAUGAAGGUGUGGCCAUUGGAGGAGACAGAUACCCAGGUACAACAUUUAUGGAUCACAUACUAAGAUAUCAAGAUGAUCCAGAUGUUAAAAUGAUAGUUCUACUUGGUGAAGUAGGUGGUGUAGAGGAGUAUAGAUUGACACAGGCUAUGUCUGAAAACAGAGUAACAAAACCUGUAGUGGCUUGGUGUAUAGGUACAUGUGCUAAAAUGUUCACAUCUGAUGUACAGUUCGGCCAUGCUGGUUCAUGUGCCAACGCUGACGCAGAAACUGCUGUCGCAAAAAAUAAGGCACUAGAAGAUGCAGGCGCACAUGUACCAAAAAGUUUUGAUGAAUUAGGACAUUUAAUUAAACAAGUAUAUGAUGGCUUGGUAGAAGAUGGUACUAUAGUUCCUAAACCAGAUCAGGCACCACCCACAGUUCCAAUGGAUUUUGCAUGGGCAAGGGAAUUAGGUUUAAUACGUAAACCUGCAUCAUUUAUGACAAGUAUAUGUGAUGAAAGAGGACAUGAGUUAUUGUAUGCUGGUAUACCUAUAACUGAUAUAUUUAAAGAAGAUAUGGGUAUAGGUGGUGUACUUAGUCUGCUCUGGUUCCAACGAAGGCUUCCACGAUAUGCCACAAAGUUUAUAGAGAUGUGUUUAAUGGUAACUGCAGACCAUGGACCUGCGGUGUCUGGUGCUCACAACACAAUAGUCUGCGCUCGUGCUGGCAAAGAUCUCAUCUCCUGUCUAACAUCUGGUCUUCUUACUAUUGGUGACAGAUUCGGUGGUGCUUUGGAUGCAGCAGCUAAACAGUUCAGUGAUGCCGUGGACUCUGGUAUGAUACCCAUGGACUUUGUUAACUCUAUGAGGAAGAAGGGAAAACUUAUAAUGGGUAUAGGACAUAGAGUUAAAUCUAUAAACAACCCUGAUAUGAGAGUAGUAAUUUUAAAAGAAUAUGCACAGAAAAAUUUCCCGUCUACACCAAUAUUAGAUUAUGCCAUUGAAGUGGAGAAAAUAACAACAUCGAAGAAACCAAACCUCAUAUUGAAUGUGGAUGGAUUUAUUGGCGUGGCAUUUGUAGAUCUGUUAAGGAAUUGUGGCUGUUUCACCAGAGAGGAAGCACAAGAGUUUAUAGAGAUAGGAGCAUUGAAUGGACUGUUUGUACUUGGUAGAAGUAUGGGAUUUAUUGGUCAUUUCCUAGACCAGAAGAGGUUGAAACAAGGUCUGUACAGACAUCCAUGGGACGAUAUCUCUUAUGUUAUGCCAGAGCAGUUUGGUGGCGGCGAUCAAGUUGCACAAUAAAGCACUGUCCAUCAUUGUUUAUCUGGUUAAACUAUGAUUGGGACAGUAUUUACAUUAGAGGCCAUACAUAAUAUGAUCACAUUUAGUGCUUGUAGAAGUUUUAAUAAACUGUUGUUAAUAUUAAUGGAUUACCUAUGAUGGUAUACUGUGGUUGUAGAACUUGUAGAUUUUGGUUGUUAUUUUACCUGGUCAAUAAAUAAUGAUAAUCAAUGAUUUAUUGGUCUGUAUAUAAUGGGCAUUUUAAGAAAAAAAUGAUCUCUGACGUUCAAAGAUUAAUUUAAUUUAAGUUUAGAAUACUUUUCUAGAACGAAAUAAAAAACAAGAGAAGCAUCUUAGUGAAAUGCUUUUAGUAAAAUAUAGAAUAUUUUGAAAAGAAUCAGAUAUUACGUCAAUAUAUAUGUACUAUACAGUUGAAAAGUUAAAUUUAUGAGAAUUAGGUAUUUGACUUUAUAUUUGAAUUUAUAUUCAUUUAAAGGAGAUUUUUUUUACAAUUCAGUUGGCCUGAUACCAAUGUAAGCAUAAAGCAAG